GUGUAGGGUGUUCUCUGGAGGUGCUCUACUGUACUUUCGCUAGUUUCCGUCGGCCUGCGUCGGCUGUGGUCGUCUUGGUCGUCUCGCUGGUCUCGCCGCCGUUGUGUGCUGUGCGGUACCAGCGGUGCAGCAGGUGCCAAUGAGAGGAUGAACUCGUGCGCUUUUUGCUGUAAUCAAAAUUCUAUGGCUUGAGCUGGCAAGCUUUUCGACGACUGUUACUGUUGGAGGAGCUGGCAUCGUACUACGAUGGAUGUAUCCGGCCAAAGCGAUCUUCCCGGAGACUGGACGUUUAUGCCGUCUGAGGGCGAAUUGAUGGAUGCUCCAGCCUCAAGAGUGGAAGAAGGAAACCGUGUCGAAGAUUUGCCAUUAGAUGAAAAUGCCACCAACGUCAGCCGGGAGAAGGCCAUGGACAAGGAGGACAACAAGAAGGAACAGGAUGCUGAACUUGGUGGGGACAGGGAUGCCAGUGCUGGAAGCCGAGACAGUGACAUCGACAUUAUUGAUGAUGACACCGACCAUAGUAUCGAAUCACUGAGCUCUUCUGCCAUAGGAAAUACAUCAGCGUCACUCAUGGGCUUCAGUGAGAUAUCUGCAGGUACUGCAAGCUCCUAUGGCAACCAGGAGGUACCAUGUGGCUCGGAUUGGAUGGAUGCAGCUUCUGUGGCAUCUGAUGCCUCUUUGCCAUCAGGACUGGAGAUGCGGUCUGGAGUGCGCCGUUACAAGCACGUGCCAAACACUCGGCUCAACUGGGCUCUUACAGCCAUGGCUGCUCUUGUGGCGGUUGCUGCUGUUGCAUUUGGCAUGGGCCACUAUUUUGGUUGGUAUGUCCAGUCCCUUCAGCGACAAGAAUUGUCUCAAGGCCAAAUGCAGCAGCUCAAGGCACUUCAGGAAGAGCUUGUGAAAUGCAUGCAUCAGCAAAACAAAGAGACGCCUCCAAAGGACGCGCCGUUCCCCAAUACACAAGUGUGCUACCAGGAUGUUGAAUACUGGAAAAGAAAAUUUGAGCAGCUUUUUUCGGAGAACAAGGGACUUAAGGAGUUGCUGGAGCACUCUCAACGCAAUGCGGUCAUGCAUGAUCCCCGAGUGGACUCAGCAGCCUGUUCUGCUGACUCACCUGACGACCUGCACAAACUUAAGCUUGACCUCAUUCUCAACCAAAUGCAGCAUUUGCAGCUGAUGAAGACUUUCAACCAGGUGAAGCACAGUGAACGUCUGUCCCGAGAACAGGCUCGUAAAUUGGAACUGGAAAAUGAGCAGCUCAAGGCACGACUUGAGGAAACGGAUGACAUUCUUGUGCAGGAGCAGCUGGAAACUAAGGUUCGGGCCUUGAAAGAGGAGAACCACGAGUUACAGUCCAGGCUGGGUCACGAUUCACAGAGGGAAGCAGCGCUGCGCUCCCUCGAGCACCAAGUGCAGCAGCUGCUGAGCGAGAACGAGAUGCUGAAGCGCUCUCUGCGGGAACCCUCCUCAGUCACGACAAGUCGCAUUUCUCAGCUUCGGGACACAGUGAACCGGCUGAUCAUUGAGAAUGAAGACUUGAAGACUGUGGUUGCCCGGCUCCGCUAUGGACGUCCCAUUCCUGUUGGCGACAAUGAUGCUUCACGCAAUUCAAAGGAAGGUGCAGACAAAGGGCCUAAAGACCCCCAGCCUACAAGCAAGGACCAGUUGUCCGAGUUGUUGGAUGUGCUGAAGAAACAGCAGGCAGACUCGAAGCAGUGGCGCAGGCUGUACGACGAGCUCAGGAGAAACCAGGACAGUGCCAGUAGCAGGACAGUGUGGCGUAAAUUGCUGGUACUGGGCCAGACACUGUUCGAUGACAUGCAGACAGGCCUUGACCGCACUCUGGAAUCCCUGGUCGACCUGGCCAAAAAGGGCUCAAGUGUAGCCAGCGAUGUCCGCCCCAUGGUGCAAGACUUGGGGGAAAAGGUGAGACGAGAGCUUAACCGACGCCGAGAAGAAUUGGACGGAUAUCUUCACGGAUCAGGGAAGCCUAUUGGUUCCAUCUCACAGACAAUGAGUUUGUUAGAGUCGUCAAUCAAGAAAGUGUUUGAUGCCGGACGGAAGUUCGUCUCCAAGGGGCAAGAAGCAACAGGAAAGCAUGCCGAAAAGUUAGUCACUAAGCUUACCAAGGUUGCCCAGAUGCUCAGCAGUGACUGGGAAGCUUCGUCUGAAGAGGCAGAGGAAGUUUUGGCUGAGCCCACAAGUAUGUCAAGGAGGGAGGAAGCCAAACACAGCUGGAGAAAUCACAAGGCUGCCAACACGGAUGAGGAAAACAACUGCCAGGGAGGUAACAGUUGUACCAAGAAAAAUGAGGCAAAGAGAAAGGUGCCAUCUGAAAAGCCAGCAGCCAGAAACAAGCAGCUGCUGGAUGUUGAAGAAGCUGAAGAGGAAGACUGGUUUAGCAUUCGAGCAAAAAAUAGGGAACGACAGCGCGGUGCAGCUUCAGUGGGGACUGACAAUUGGUAUCUGAAGCGACAAACACCGGGCUGGCGAAAAGGGAGCAGCAGGGAGGCCUUGCAUAAGGGCACCACUAACCGUUUUAAGAAAGAAAGCCUCUUUUGGGACCACGAAUCUCUUUUAAGCGACGAUGAAGGAUUUACCGAGUGACAUGCACGAAGCACCGGCAGUUACCAAGUCUUUAUUUUAUGCUGAUUUCAAUUACCAAAGCCAUGUGGUGGGAUCCUGCACCCUGAUGCAGUCUCAGAGUAGCUUUGAGGAAUUAAGGCCAAAGGAGCCCACUCCUCAUGCCGGGCUGUCAUGGUAACAUGAAAUUAUAAUAAAGCUAUCGAGCAUUUAAGCAUACCUAUUUCUACAAGCAUCUGAGAAGAGUUGCAGAUUGGCACUGCUUUACCUGGCUUUUCUGUAGUUGGGGUGGUCAGCCAGGUAGCAUUUGAGGGAAGCAGUCUCCCGAAAGCUGUCAGCAGGGGUGUGGUUGUGCAGGCUUUGCAUAUCAUUUCACUGGUUUCUGCUGACAUAGAGCUGAGGUGUAAAGCCACUUCUGCUGUAUGUUGGAGCAGUGGCAUUGCAUAAUUUUUGGUGGCAAAAGACUAAAAACAUUGUGUAAGAUGGGCUCAAAUUUAAGUUAUCGUCUGCACUUUUCCAAGGCCGAGAAUACAGUGUUGAAACUGGUACAAAAUAUUACUUUGUCCACAUUAGUUAUAAAUGAACGAUAUUGUAAUAUUGCUACUGCCGAGAUUACUUCAAUUUCAGAGCUUCGUGCCACGGAGCUAUGCUGGUUCUCUUGGUUGGGUCAAGCAGUAAUGGGUGCACAGUUUCAAAUUUCAUUGUAUCAGAAGUGGUUAUUUUUACAGCCUUAGUAGUCCACAUCUACUGUUACGUGGAGGCUUCUAUAGAUUAUCACUCGGCUACUUGGUAUGAGCUCGAAAUAGUAUGUGGAUCCAUGAACACACCCAAGCCAGCGAAAUGUUUGGCUCUGCCUUUGGUGUCGUUAGGGCAUGCACAUUGCUUUUUGAACAUUAUGAGCCCAGAUCGAAAAAGCUUAUCUCUCCUCUUUGGACAUGUUCAUUAACACAUGUUGUUGUGCCCAUCCCUUUGGCGCUACAUCUGCUGCUUGUGCCUACAGCAUGAGCUAUGUUGCUGAAAUAUCUGGGUGUCACCUAUUUCUGCCUUUUCAUCCAAAAUGGCAUGAAAUUUUGAAGCAUGGAUGCAUCAAGAACAUCGACAGCAUAAUUUUGUUGGAGGAGUUCAUCCUCAGUGCUAAUGCUGCCACUUAAUAUAGAACAGAACGAGAACACUGUUUAGUUUUUUCACAGGUUGCACGGCUAAACUGCGUGAAUGUUCUGUCUCCUUCUGCAGCAUCCACACCCUGUAGACUUGAUACUAGCAACAUUAAACACUUUAGCAUAAUGUUACAUUACUGUUAAAGUGUUCCGAUGAAAAGCAACAUUUUUGUUUUACGAACAUGGCAUCAUCAGUGACUGCUGUUGUAAAUGCUUGCAUUUAGACAAUUCCAGUUUGUCAGUGCGUGCAUACACUUGGAAUCUCCUUGGAAACAUGUACAAACUAAUGACCUGGUUGUCUUCAUGAGCCUGCGUUAUGCAUAGUGCUCUGAAAACGCAACUUUUCUGGCCUAUCUGUUAUCUCUAUGAUGUUGCAAUGUCUUUCAAACAAAAAGAGCACAUGUUUUAUUUUUUCAGAUGUAUAAUUGCAACUUGAGAGAUCUGGAAUAAGACUUCCAUUUUAGCUAUGUUUGUUACAAAGAAGUGAAUGGUUGCCUUGAUGCCAUUUCUAGCCACUGUGGUGUCUCAAGCAACAGCUGUGACAUAUAUUGUUUUGUGAUAUUUCUUCUGUAGUUCUGAAUUGUAUUCAGGCUUCCAGAUUUUAAAACUGACGUUUCAUGUUGUUGUGUUUUGUUAUAGUGGUCACCAAAUUGUCAAGGUUCCUCAAAGAAGGGCACUGCUGUUAUGUCUUCAGUUCUUCAUAUGUGUACCGUGUGGUGUUGUGCUUAGCCCACUUUCCAAGUUACGUGCAUACGUCAUUGUAUAUAUGUAAAUUAAGAGCCUUUGUUAUAGCUGUGUAGAAUAAAGCUGUCUUUCAAUGCUU